AUGGAGGUGGUGGAAAAUGGUGGUGUUAAUCUAAAGGGGUUGAGCAAGGAGAUGAGACAUGGCAGAACAGCCCAUAACAUGUCGUCUUCUUCGUUGCGCAAGAAAUCUGACCUAGCUCUUGUGUCUAAGGUUCGUUCUGGUCCUCUCAAAAACGUGUUGCUGAACAUUCAAGAGGUUAUUUUGGGAACCAAGCUCUCUAUUCUCUUCCCAGCCAUUCCUCUUGCCAUAGUUGCUAAAUGCUAUGGAUUUGCAAGAAUUGCUUGUUACACUGGUCCCACAGUGGGAGGACUUUUGAAUGCAACAUGUGGGAAUGCUACAGAGCUCAUCGUAGCAAUUUUUGCCCUUAGCCAAAACAACAUUGCUUUGGUCAAAUAUUCUCUCCUGGGUUCUGUAAUUUCCAACCUUCUUCUGGUUCUUGGAACCUCUCUACUCUGUGGUGGCCUUGUAAACCUCAGACAGGAGCAGAAAUAUGAUAGAAGACAGGCAGAUAUGAAUUUGCUUAUGCUGUUUUUGGCAUUGCUGUGCCACUUGCUGCCAAUGCUGUUCCAUUACAGUGGUGUCGCGGAAGGUGUCACUACAGAGUCUUCUCUGCAGUUUUCAAGAGCUGCUAGCGUUGUCAUGGUGAUAGCAUAUGUUGCCUACCUUGUGUUCCAACUGCGGACUCAUAGGCAACUAUUUGAAGCCCCUGAUGAAAAUGAAGAGGGUGGCAAUAAUUCAGAAGAAUCAGUGAUAGGAUUCUGGAGUGGGUGUGCUUGGCUGGUUGGGAUGGCAGUGAGCAUUGCAGUGCUGUCUGAAUAUGUGGUGCAAACAAUUGAGGCUGCAUCUAAUUCAUGGGGUUUGUCUGUUAGCUUCCUCAGUGUAAUCUUGCUUCCAAUAGUUGGCAAUGCAGCUGAACAUGCUGGAGCAAUCAUAUUUGCUUUCAAAAACAAACUGGACAUCUCCUUGGGUAUUUCCUUAGGUUCUGCAACUCAAAUUAGCAUGUUUGUGGUUCCCCUUUGUGCGAUUGUUGCUUGGAUUCUUGGAAUUAAAAUGGACCUCAACUUCAACCUCCUAGAGACAGUUUCUCUUGCUUUGGCAAUAAUAAUCACAGCUUUCACAUUGCAGGAUGGAACUUCUCACUACAUGAAAGGUCUUGUUCUCUUUCUGUGCUACAUUGUGAUCGGGGCAUGCUUUUUUGUACAGAGAACACCCUCCAGUGAGCAUAACGAAAGUAAUGUUUCUAAUAUGAAGCUCCAAUCAGCAAGUGGAGUUUAUAUAGCUUAA